AUGCAACGCGGAAUGUUAACGCGAGGGAAGGAAAGAGUGUAGGCAGAUGCAAAUGUGUUUGCGCGUUUGCGGAUAAGGAGAAAAGAGGUUCGGUUUUGUUUUCGUAUAGUCAAUAGUGGACGUACGUCCACAUCGGAACGGCAUCGAGAUGAUGAUGGAUUAUUUUGUGACGAAUAAUUCCUUGGCGCCUGCACCCAUGGGGAUACAAAGCACAGCGGGUGCGGUGCCUGUAAAAAACGACAAAGGUGAAUUGUCGAUGAAAAAAGUCAAGGUGCAUCGUUAUGUUUCUGGCAAACGACCGGAUUACGCGGCAGCAAGCUCGGAUGAGGAGUCUGAGGAGGAAGACUUCCUGGAGAAGCGUGCGCUCAAAGGCUACGACGACAGCGAAACUAUCGUGGACGUUCCUGCGCAUUCGCAUGGAAGGACCAGGGAUGACGACGACCCGCGUCUACGAAGAUUAACACGGCAGAAGGAAGCACCGACUGAAGUGCGCACCGAGAGGCACAGACACAUACACGAGCCCGAGUUAAUCGAGAUCGAGCUAGAGAGGACACGCGAGCGAAUUAAAUUAGAGAGCUCCGACACAUCCGAGGAUGAGGAACUGUCAGACUCCGAGAUAGAAAAGCGGCGAGAGGCUCUGAAGCAGCGUGUACUGUCCAAGAAGGACACAGAGGAGGAAUUGAUACAGGGCGAGGAGGAAGAGAGGUCGGGCGAGAGCUCGGAAGAAAGCUCGGAUUAUGAGGAAUAUACCGAUUCCGAGGAGGAGACUGGACCGCGACUGAAGCCAGUAUUCGUCCGCAAGAAGGAUAGGAUCACAGUAAUGGAGAAGGAGAAGGAGGCGAUGCGGCAGAAACAGGCGGAGACUGAAGCGAAGAAGCUCGCGGAAGAACGCAAGCGGCAGACGUUGAGAAUGGUGGAGGAGGCGGUGCGGAAGGAGACGCAGGUCGGUAAGGGUAACAUCGAGCAGGAGAACAAACUGAACGACGUCUGCACGGACGACGAGAACGACGAGGUGGAGUACGAGGCGUGGAAAUUGCGCGAACUCAAGAGGAUCAAGCGAGAUCGCGAGGAGAGAGAACUGAUGGAGAAGGAGCGUCUGGAGAUCGAGCGUAUACGCAAUAUGACGGAGGAGGAGCGAAGGCAAGAAGCACGAUUGAACCCGAAAGUGAUCACCAAUAAAGCGGCCAAGGGGAAAUACAAGUUUUUGCAAAAGUAUUAUCAUCGUGGUGCCUUCUACUUGGACAAAGACGACAAUAUAUUCAAGCGCGACUUCUCCGGUGCCACCCUGGAAGAUCACUUUGACAAGACGAUCCUGCCAAAGGUCAUGCAGGUGAAGAAUUUCGGGCGCAGUGGUAGGACUAAGUACACUCACUUGGUGGAUCAGGAUACCACGCAAUUCGACUCGCCGUGGAUAUCGGAGACUGCGCAAAAUCUUAAAUUUCACAAUAAUCAAGCGGCGGGUAUGAAGCAAGUUUUCGACCGACCUUCUCUGAAAAAGCGGAAAGCCGAUAAUUGAGUGUCACGUCGAGAGACUCUACACGCGCGCGCGUGUGUGUUGUAUCUUCUUUUUAUUUUAUUUUACUAUUUUUUUGUUUUAUUUUAUUUAGUAAAUACAAAUAUGUAGAAACAUUUGUACAAAUAUCAUUGCGUCGAUAAAAACAAUUAUGGAAGUUAAGAACGACAGCUUAUGUAUACAAGAUACAAACGAUAUAUUCAUCUAUAUAACGUCAUCGCAAUGGAAUAUAUGAGUAGAACUAGUUUAUGUAUAAUAUCGUCGGCCCCAUACACACACACACACACAAACACACACACACACA